AUGACUUCAGUAAAGCACGUUCACAAGAAAUACGUUUCCAAAUCAACGACGUCUUCUGAUUGGAAAAAUAUCUACGUCGUUAGUGUAUUCGCCUUCGUUGAUGCCCUACAAUUCGCAUUUUUCGUAUGGACCUUCUGGCCAUACUGCCAGCAGGUAAUACUCGACCCCACACUGUCAGCCUCAUUCAUCGGUCUCAUCAUGGCCGUCUCGGGUCUGGGAGAAGCGGUUGCGGCACCGAUUUUUGGGUACUGGACGAACUGUACUGGUCUGAUCGUUCCUCCACUGAUCGCCUCCAUCACGAUGUCAAUCGUUGGCAAUGUGAUUUAUAUGUGUCUGAAUGAAGUGCCGCUAGGCCUAAGGACCUAUGGACUUCUACUUUCGAGGUUCCUGAACGGAGCUGGAAGUGGUAAUCGCGGUACAUACUUCGCUUACAUCGCAGCCGCCAGCGACACGAGCGACAGAGCACGUUCGAUGGCACUAUCUGGUGGUGGCGCUCUGAUCGGACUGAACGUUGGCCCAGCCGCUCAAAUGCUGUUUACAUGGAUUGGUGGUGAAGGAGUAGAUGUUGGCUUCAUGCGAAUUUCCAUGUACACAGCACCAGCUAUACUGGCUAUAGUGAUCAAUAUCUCCUGCAUCAUUUUCCUUGUUUUCUGUUUGGAAGAUGGGCUGGAUAGGUACAACGCUCCCGAUUCAGACAACGUUUCCACGUACAGUAUCGCCGCUGCCAGUGAUUCUGAUCUCGAAAGAAAUGCAGUGAAGACUGUGAGGAUGGAUGUGCUGGCUGUUGUGGUAUGUAUGUGGACAAGAGCUGCUCGAAUGCUGAUCACCGCCAAUGUAGAGAGCAUUGGAUCACCGUUCUCUGAGGUGAUGUUCGGUUUGGAUAACGAGCAGGUCCUGAACUAUAACGCGAUGAUGCAAGGUGCUGUUGGUGUCCUCACAACAGUGAUGUUCAUCGUCUACGCCUUUACCGAUUACUCAAAAUGGGUGUCCGAACGUCUGAAUUGCCUGGGAGCAAUGAUCGCUCUGUUAGCCUUCCAUUUGCUAACAUUCUCAUGGCCAUUUCUCACAGGAGACAUGCCCGGUUGCGACAAGUACGUAGCAGGAAACGGGACUACACAUGGAUGGGAUUGGUGUGAAAGCCUACGUCCGAUCAAUUUCUGGGUGUACUACAUCGGAUAUGCGGUUAUAUUCGGUAUCGGACUGCCGUGUCUGAAUAACUCUCUACAGUCCCUGUACAGUCAGAUCCUUGGCAAAGGCAGACAGGGAACUAUGCAAGGAAUAAAUCAGGCAGCUGGUUGCGUUUCGCGUAUCCUGGGACCACUACUAAUGUCGACCACUUUCGCAAAGUUCGGACCACGAGCUACAUGGCUUAUUGAAAUUGGAUUGAUCUCAAUCUGUCUUUUCAUCUGGUGCACCGUUUACCGUAGGCUCAAGCCGGCUGGAAUGGUUGAAAUCAAAGAGCGCACUAUUACCCUAGACCAAGAAGAUCGUAAGGUUUCCAGAAGUGACAGUGUCAGCACCAAUAUCUCAGUGAUAAGCGAUCCAUCGAAGGUUGUUCCCACCCCAUGA